UGCAACUGUACACAAUAUUAACCUCCAUCGAUGGAAUCGAGUUUGGUCUUUAUUUUAUGUAUGAACUUUCUUUUCAUUUUCUUCUAAAUCAUUAAGGGGAGGGUUUGACUUCGCUUGUUUCCUGGAUAGCUGCAAUUUCUUCUUCUCCUUAAACAUUUUUUUUACAUUCUCUAUUGUACUUCGCUCAAGGAAUACAUGGGGGAUUUCAUUGAAGUGGAAUCAGAUAAAGAUAAACGCAGUCGUAAAAGAGUCAAGGAGUGUCAUGAGCUGGUGGCAGACUUGAUACGGAUGAUAUUGGAUGAGGAUGACAAAUAUCGAACCGCUAGGAAAUGGGAAGAAAAGCAAGCGAUAGUAGUGGAAGCGAUGAAUCGGCUUCACGAGCCACAAGUCUUACUGCAAUGGUCGAGAAAAUUGCAGCCAAGGAUUGUCGAAAAUGCCAGUUCCAGUCUUAGCGUCAACAAUGCAUUUCAAGAGCUGCCUUCAUUUUUUAACCAGCCAACAAACCCAGUUCAGGACUUCGAUUGUGUGGAUGACCUUCCUGACUCAAUCUCACUCAUAGUUAAAGCAUUGCAAAAGGAAAUAAAGGUGCAGGGACAGGCUAUUGUGGACCAAACAGGGCAAUUAAUCUCAGAGGAUAAGGUUUUUAACAUGGUGACAAAAGUUCUAUGCAGAGUUUUGGCUUCUUAUUUAGCAAUGCUGCAGCUUACAAAUCGUGUUAGUAUUCAAGAUCUUGUGCAAAUGGAAGAUCAACCUUUCAUAUUCCACUUUCCUCUAACCCCUGACUGUAGCAGAUGUGCUAAGAUUCACAUCAACCUACAGGGUUAUCAUGAGGUCCACCUGGAUCUUCGAUUACUGCCGUUAUUUGAAUUGGAAAACUAUGAUGCCAGAGAAAAUCAAGACAAUACGAAGCUGUCACAUGAGAACAUCUCUACUGUCCAAGGGCAUGCAGAUUUUCAGACCAUCCUUACAAACUCCCUAGCUGAAGCUGACCAUAAAAUAGAAAGUAACCCAGAGAUGCUCGAGCUAAAAAACAUCAUAAAUAUGGAGGUAAUGGUGCAAAACAUGAGGAAUAACUUGGCGAAGGCUCGUGAAAUGAAGAAAUUAGAAGAAGAGAUAAAGAAGAACAAAACUAAUAUUAGGGAAGGCGAACUGAAGGUGGAGAAGGGAGAAGCUGAUUUAAAAGAAAACAAACUGAAGGUGGAGAAGGGUGAAGCUGAGUUAAAAGAAAACCAACUGAAGCUAGAGAAGGACAAAGCUGAGUUAGAAGAAAACCUACUGAAGCUAGCGGGAUUGCAGAAGAAACCACGGCUUGCGUAAUUUGCUUUUCUGAAAUACUUUCUCAAUGGUUUAUUGAGGAUGUUGAUGAACUGAAGAUACAAACAGUAUGUGUUUGUGUGAUGGUUUUGUGUUUGAAUCUCAAUGGUUUAUUGGGAUGUUUAUGAACUGAAGAUACAGACAGUCUGUGUUUGUGUGAUGGUUUUGUGUUUGGAUCUCAAUGGUUUAUUAGGAUGUUUAUGAACUGAAGAUAGAGACAGUAUGCAUUUGUGUGAUGGUUUUGUGUUUGAAUCUCAAUGGUUUAUUGGGAUGUUUAUGAACUGAAGAUACAGACACUAUGUGUUUAUGUGA